UCUCUCAUCUGCUACUUAAUUUUCCCAGCCUUCUCUAUCAAAAUCUCUCUCUCUGUGCCUACAUUUUUUCAAGCAUAACGCUCCUCCAAGAAAGCAAAAAACAAUUCACACUUUUUCUUUCCCAUUACUGUCAGAUUGCAACCAAAUUAUAAAAAAGAAAAGAAAAGAAAAGUUGCAAUUUGGCAAGUGAGGUGGGGAUAAUAUCUGCUUGAAUUAGCAGAGCAGGGCAGUGGUGGGUCUUCCUUCCAAAAUGGGAAGACACUCGUGCUGUUACAAGCAGAAGCUAAGGAAAGGUUUGUGGUCUCCAGAGGAAGAUGAGAAGCUCUUGAGGUAUAUCACCAAGUAUGGUCAUGGCUGCUGGAGUUCUGUCCCAAAACAGGCUGGUUUGCAAAGGUGUGGGAAGAGCUGCAGAUUGAGGUGGAUUAACUACUUGAGGCCUGAUUUGAAGAGAGGCACAUUCUCCCAAGAGGAAGAGGACCGUAUCAUUGAACUCCAUGCACUUUUGGGGAAUAGAUGGUCCCAAAUAGCAGUACAGUUGCCGGGAAGAACCGACAACGAGAUAAAGAACCUUUGGAACUCUAGCUUAAAGAAGAAGCUGAGACAGAGAGGCAUUGAUCCCACCACUCACAAACCCCUCUCCGAGCUCGAAAACGGAGAAGACAAGCAGCUUCCCACCACCACCAACACCCCCCAAGAGAGAGUCUCACCAUUGGGGCCAGCAUCCAAUGAAUUGAACCUGCGCAAGGUAGCCAAUUCAAAACCCGAAAAGGCUUUCCUAACAUCUUCAAUCGCUGCUGCAGCACAAGUGAACUACCACCACCAACUCCAAGUACCGGCAAGUCCUCCGGACGAUUCCAAGGGAAUAUUAACCAUUGACUCCUUCCUGGAUAGGCAUGUACCCACCUCCUCCCACCACCACCACCUCCAAGCCCUCACCUCCACCUGCCUCCACCCUUCGGAUUUUGUUUCUUCUUUUCCCCUUCACCAAUUGAAUUAUGCAUCAUCCAAUAUUGCCUCCAGGUUCUCAAUGGACCCAAACCCAAACUCAACCUCCUGGUUUGCUCAGAGUGGCAACACAUUGGACAUGAAUACAGAGCUUAUCAUGAGUACCUCCAAUGGAAUUUCUAAUUACAGCUCAAUCCUCCCUGCUCCUGCUACGCCUACGCCAUUCAAGCAUUCCAAUUCUUAUCUCUCCAAUAAUAGUACUAAUAAUAAUUCCUCAAUGGGUUCCCAUAGCAUGAGUUACUGGGAAGCUGCAGCCUCCAGCAGCGGUAGCAGUAGCAGUGAGUUGCAGACGAACAACACCAAUUUCUUUGACAACAUUAACAUCAACAACAGCAGCAACAGCAACAGCAGCUUCACAUGGGGAUUAGCAGAUUGUAGCACAUCGAAUAGGAAAGGCGGCGACCAAUUAGUCCGUCAUCUGUUGGAAGGCGAAGGAGGAGGACAGGAAGACACGAAAUGGUCAGAAUAUGUGCAGAGCCCAUAUUUCAUGGCUACAGCAGCCACUUUGCAGAUGAAUCAAACCCCACAACUUCUAUACAAUCACCAGAUAAAAUCAGAAACCAAUAGUCUGGGUAGUGUCAUGUGGCCCCAUAACCAGCAGCAGGAACACGAGCCUUUACAAGGCGAAAUUUAGCUCAUGUUUCUCACCAAUUACAUGGUGGAAUUGAUCGAUGAAUUGCAGAUUUUUUUUUUUUUUUCUUUUUUU